AUGGAAAUCCUCGAUCAUCCAAAGCGGCGGCUUGGAAGGGAAGGGAAGAAGGCAAGGGAUUUCUCUGUUUCGCAAGGGGCUAUUCCGCAAUUUACCGUAAACCACGACCUCCGAUUAGGAGGCCGCCGGCGAGAGCGAGAAGAAGGAGCGACGCAAGUUCUCCAGCUAGAUCCACCUCCAUCUCUACCUCGAGAUGGGCCGGCCGCCAUGCGCUUGGCAUAUCGCGACGUAGUACAGCAGCCAGCGAUCGACUUCCAGGAGAUCUGCAUCCUCGGUGCGCACAGCUACCAAGGAUCACUGUGGCUACGUGGCUGGCGGCACCGAGGAUCAGCGAGAAACCCUCGACCGGCCAGUGCUCUUCUUCGUUCUGCCUUACCUCCUCCCGUAGGCCGUAGGCUCGCCAUCACGCCAACCCACUCCGACCUCGCCGUCAAAUCAUCUCCUUCCCCUUCUCCGCCAGUUUUGGAAUCCGCUGCCGGACGCUCCCCUUCCUUCGCCUUCGGCAUGGUCAUCUCGCGGGAGACGCCCUCCAGGCGCCCGAAUCCCUCCCCGGAGACGGCGGUAGCCGCCGAAUCUCGGCUCCCUCUCCGAGGGACGCAGGGGAGCCUCCUCCAAGGCUGCCCCUUCCAGAUCUUGAAGACGUGGGGCAGGCAUAGGGGGGUCCGUUGCAUGGGCAAGGAGGAGACCGCCGACGCCGGCGAACGGCGAUCUCCAUCGGAGUCGGCGUGCCCUCGGAUCCGUGUCCCGGAUAGCGGCCGCAGCGACGGAGACGACUCGGGAGUUGAGGAGGUCAGGGAACGCCUGUUGGUUCACCUCCGUGAGGCAGCGGACCGGAUGAAGUUGGUGCUGCCCAAAGGCAGCGGCGAGACUGAGCCGGCUCCGGUGCCGGAGUUGACGCCCGAUCUCGAGGCUUCCGACGGCUCUAAGGCACUUCCAUGGAAUCUGAGGACGCGGCGCGGUGCGUCGAGGGAGAUCGAGCGGCGCCGGAGUGUUUCCCCUCCGCCGCCGCCGCUGACGGCGGAGAAAAGGACGGUCCGGCUGAGGUCGGAAGGUCCUAGGAGAAAGGAGCGGCCUAGGUUCUCGAUCUCGCUCACGAAAGAGGAGAUCGACGAGGACAUCUACGCCGUGACCGGGUGCAGGGCUCGCCGCCGGCCAAGGAAGCGGCCGAGAGUCAUCCAAAAGCAGCUCGAGGCGCUAUUCCCCGGCUCGUGGCUGACGGAGAUCGCCGCCGACAGCUACAAGGUCCCAGAAUAGCGGUAACCGUACCGCGAGGGACGCGACGCCUCUGACUCCGUAUCGUCCAGCCAUGGGUUUCUCCUACAAAAGACAAUAGUAAGGGCGGAAAAAAUCAUCUUUUCUUUCAGAAUUCGCUACUUUGACAUCGUAGAAAACCCUCAUUGCGUCAAAAAUUCGCCCUGUAAUCGUCCUGUUUUAUGAGUUCCAACUGUCGCUCUGUUCCAGAAGGGAUCGAUCCUGUCGAUUGAGCCGAA